AGGCUACAAAGCUGUGCGUAAAAAGGCAUGAGUGGUUCCAAAGCGCCUUGUUGUCGAUGAGUUCAUUAACCCUACAGUAAUUGCACACUGGGCUUUUCUGUUGACCUGUCCAAAGGUCCGAUUUGGGGCUGCUCUUUGUGAGUGUGUGCAGACGAUAGCAGAGUUUAACAUGGACAUCGGAUCAGUGAAUGAUCUUCCUUACGACGACUUUGUGAAGGUUUUCGGUACUGUGGUGGAGAAAUCUCCAAUCAUACCGGCCGCGGUAUGGUCCCGCGCCCUUUGCUGAUCUGGAGGCCAGUAUAAACUAUUUCAUCUCGCGCAUGGCCCGGCUCAAUACGGAAUACAAGGACCAUUUGGGUUCCCCUUCGUGAUAUGCACGCGGAUUAACAACAAGACGACCAUCGCUAGAGGAGCGACUCCGGGAACGGGUGCCAUCGAUGAAGUGAAGAAGAUCUGUCAUGUCCGUUUACAGGGUGAUGUCUGAUUGGCCACUGGGGGGUGGCUGUCCUCUCGGUCACCAGCUCACCCUCUGAGGCUUAUGGGAUAGGACGCCCCCCUCCCCACCCGCCCGUAACCUCCUGACCUGUAACCCCAGUGACAACUGUGCCAAAUACUGUACCUGGCGAUUGGAGCCCCGGUCCUGACAUGGGCAGCCCCGGCUGGGAGGUGGGUCCGGCAGGGCCGGUGGAGCCCGUGCUGGAGGCCUUGUGUCCAGAGUGUGGUCAGAUCCACCGGGCCUGGGAGAACCACCUCUAUAACUACCGCCUGGAGGUGGACGAUGACCUGGUGUGUCACAUCUGCCUGCAGCCCCUGGUCCAGCCCCUGGACACACCCUGCGGACACACCUUCUGUGCCCGGUGCCUCCGCAGCUUCCUCCAGGAGCGGGACUUCUGCCCGCUGGACCGGGAGCGCCUCCAUCUGCAGGUGUGUAGGCGGAGCAGCAUCCUGGUACACAAGCUGCUUGACAAGCUGUCUGUGUCCUGUCCCCUGGCCCCGGCCUGCAGCCUCAGCAUGCCCCGCUGUGACCUGGAGGCUCACCUCAAACACAGGUGUCCGGGGACGCGGUCUCAGCAGACCAAUUUACAGGGCCCACCAUGUGAUCACGGGGAGGAGGGAGCCAUGGUGACCAGCCCACCCAGGUCCCCCCACUCCCUCCAGACGGAGACAGACCUGCGGGAGGAGAGCUCCCCCCCGCCCCCUGGUGGCACUGCAGGCAGCAGUGUUCCCAUGUGGACUGAUGAGCCUGGACUGGACAACCCUGCCUUUGAGGAGAGCACUGAGGAGGACAGGGUGGUAGGGUUGGAGUGUGUGGUACCCAGGGUAAAGCGACCCCUCAGUAACCCCUGCAUCCACCUCCUCCGUACCGCCAGCUCCGCCUCCACAGGGUGGGACUGCCCCGAGUCCCCGCCCCUCUCCGCAGAAGAAGGUUGUGUGAAGCUGCCGUCCAUUCCAGAGGGUGAGAUCACCACCAUCGAGGUCCACCGCUCCAACCCCUAUGUAGAACUUGGCAUCAGCAUCGUCGGGGGCAACGAGACACCCCUUAUCAACGUGGUGAUCCAGGAAGUUUACCGUGACGGGGUCAUUGCUCGAGAUGGCAGGCUUCUGGCUGGAGACCAGAUACUACAGGUCAACAGUGUAGACAUCAGCAACGUGCCCCAUAACUUUGCCCGCUCCACGUUUGCACGCCCCUGUGCCAUGCUACAGCUCACUGUCCUGAGAGAGCGUCGCUGUGCCUCUCGCCCGCCCCCUUUCACCACCCGUUCUGUGCCUCACGCCCCCUGCUCCACCCCAGAGAGCACCCCAUCCAGCCCUGCCAGCCUGAGGAUCACCCUGCACAAGCGGGACUCGUCAGAGCAGCUGGGCAUCAAGCUGGUGCGGAGGACGGACGAGGUGGGGGUGUUUGUGUUAGACCUGCUGGACGGCGGCCUAGCAGCCAAGGACGGGAGGCUGUGUAGUAACGACCGCGUGCUGGCGGUCAAUGAACAGGACCUACGCCACGGCACGCCUGAACAGGCUGCUCAGAUCAUACAGACCAGCGGCGAGAGAGUUUUUCUACUGAUUGGCCGGCCCAGUAAGCCUACCCCUCCACCAAGCUCCACUUCCAACAGAGACCUGUACUGCCAUGACCACUUCCUCCCCAAUCACCACCACCACCACCACUACAGCUUCUCCCCCAGUCCCAGCCCAGUGCCUACCUGUGCCCACCUGGCUCGCUCCAGCACCCACAGAGACCUGUCCCAGUGUGUGACCUGUAAGGAGAAACACAUCACUGUUAAGAAGGAGCCUCAUGAGUCUCUGGGUAUGACCGUGGCCGGGGGGCGGGGCAGCAAGAGCGGCGAGCUGCCCAUCUUUGUGACCAGCGUCCAACCACACGGCUGCCUGUCACGUGAUGGACGAAUCAAACGAGGUGACAUCCUCCUGAGUAUCAAUGGUCAGGACCUGACCUACCUGAGCCACAGUGAGGCGGUGGGCACCCUGAAGGCCAGCGCAGCAUCGCCCUCCGUCCAGCUGAGGGCGCUGGAGGUCAGCAUGGUGGAGGAGCCGGGCCAGGUUCAGAGUCCCGAGGAUCAGCUGUUUCCCCCACACCACCACACACACAACUCAGACUACGACUCCUCCUGGUCCCCUUCUUGGGUCUUGUGGCUCGGCCUGCCCAGCUACCUUCACAGUAGCCAUGAGAUUGUUCUACGUAGAAGUCACCCUGGGAGCUGGGGCUUCAGCAUCGUCGGGGGAUACGAGGAAAACCAUAGCAACCAGGCAUUCUUCAUCAAGACCAUUGUCCUUGGAACGCCUGCAUACUACGAUGGCCGCCUCAAGUGUGGGGACAUGAUAGUGGCGGUUAAUGGACUGUCUACGGCUGGGAUGAGCCACUCAGCCCUGGUACCCAUGCUGAAGGAGCAGCGUAGCAGAGUGGCUCUCACCGUGGUCUCCUGGCCUGGCAGCCUGGCAUAGCAUCAUGCCAUACUGAAAUUACUGUAGACUGGAUCUAACCAGGGCCAAAUCAGGACUGCAUCGAAACCAGGCUAUGGCGCCAAAUCAUACCAUACUGAAAUUGUUUUAGAUUGGACAUACUGUAACCUGGGCCAAAUUACAGACUUCAUCAAACCAGGCUAGAGGAAACCUGGCCCUACUGAGCAAAAUCACUUGAUACUAGGCCAGACUGUGUCAGCCCCACAAACAGACUGUGUUCAUAUGGUCAUGUUAUCGGGACUGUAUCUGUUAAAGGACAGUACAUAGUCUCUGGACUGCAGUAGAAGAUACCAAGGGUGUGUUCAGGUGGCUGCAACAUUAGAUAGAAAUUCAUUGCAUAGAACAGAAGAUUCUCUGCCAUGUAGAAUGAUUUAGAUCAGCUCUAGGCCAUGUAUUUCUGUCUGAAACGUUGCUAAGGUUAUCAGGAGAAAAAUGGGAUAAACUUUUCACCUACUCGCUCCAACUGAAUAAACCCAAGGCCUUACUCUGGGGGCCCAAGCGCCCUGGACACAGCGUUAGGCCUCAUCACCAUGAUGACCCAGCCAUCAGCUCCCUAGGGUUUACUUGUGGAUUCUGCCAUUUGAUAAAUAUUUUCCACAGAGGGCAUUUGGAGUCAGUUCUUACCCACAUCUGCCUGGCCCCACACCGUCAUACUGAAGGAGGAAAACACUGUGCUAGUGGAAUAAUUUCAGCACCUGGAUGUGUUCAGGGGAGGUAAUAGAUUGCAAAUCCUCUGAUGACUGGGUUCUUUGUAAAUUAUUUGUAUGAAGUUGCUGUUAAAUUGCCCUGCUGUUAUUUGUUGGGUUAUCCCUGUGCUGUGAGGUGUUUUAUGGUCUUAUCUUCACACCACUGGCUCUGGCAAACAGGCUACGCUAGGCAGUCUGUGGAUCCGGUAGUGGUACUCCAUCCUACUCUUCCUUUCGGCAGUGUUAAUACCGGCCUGGCACCCAAACAAAAUCUUUACCCAUCUCUAACAAUACCACGACAAGUUCCAUUGGUGUUCUGUGAGAACUAUUGGAGUGGUGCAUUUCAAGCACACUGAUGCAAUUUGUUCACCGUCACCAACCCUCCUACAGAUUGGCCAUUAGUGAACAGGUAGAUCUAGUGGCCGCUUGAACAAUGAGAAGGCAGUCGGCGGCUAGAUCAGGUGGGACCACUAGCCACUCAGGGCUAGUAAGUGUGAAUAGGCACAAGGCCGAUAAAGUGGUUUCCUCAGUUUCUGGGAUGCCACAUGUCCUACUUGUAUCCUAAUUAUUAAACUUCUAGUCUAUCAAAUAAGCCAGUCAAUGUGUUUACCAAAUUCACCUCCAUGAAAAAAAUAACCUGCUGGAGAACACAGAUUUUGGGCCCAGUUCUCACACUUCCCAGGAUGGAACAGACUUAAUGAUAUUUACUUUCAAAGUAUAUUAUGUGCAACACCAUUGGGUAUUUGUAAAGUGUCAUAGUGCAUUACAUAACCAUUAACAGACAAGGAGCCAGCCAUGCAUUGGUGAGGAUUUAUUAGGUAAGUGUUCAAUACAUAAACUGAAAUUCAGCUCUUGAAAACUAACUAAACUGCUUGACAAAUAGCAAAGAAUAGGUUCCUGUUCCACAGGUUUCAGAUUACCCCCCCCCCCCCAUGGUUCUGAUGGACCAGUCCAGGUUAGAGUAGCCCAAGCUGGUGUUAUGAUGUAGAGUAGCCCAAGCUGGUGUCAUGGAGUUGGUCAGCCAGUCUGCUGGUCUCAGCCUGUGUGGAGGCUGGCCCCAACUUCAUCUUCUGACUCAAAGGCUUGUUCUUUUUAGGGUGCACCUUCUGCAAAAGGAAAAAAAAAGCAGUGGUUUAUAAUAUUACACGUAGUGAUGUUAUUCAUCCUCCAUAUACCCAACAAUACCAGCGUUUACCUGCAGCUUUUUCCUCUCUGGGUCAUGAACCACUCGGUGUCGUCUCAAACUCUCCUAAGGAAUAUAAAAACAUUUAGUUUAACACCAAAUAUUCCACUCAGACAGAUUGAGUUCUGCAAAACUAUUUGCGAAGUGACAGGAUACCAUAAUUGUAACUUGAGUCUUGUCCCAUGAGUUCACCUGCAUAGCAAAGCGCUUGCCACAGCCUUCGUGGGUACAGGAGAAUGCCAUCUUGCCCUCAUGGUCUGACACAACGUGGUUCUCCAGUUUGAAGUGGGUGGUGAAGGUCUUCUCACACCCAGCGUCAGCACACUGGAACACCCUCUUGGGCACACCAGAGUGGACCCGCAGCUGGUGCUGCUUCAAAAACCAUGCCUCCAGGAACAUCUUACUGCAGCCAUCACACUGUAGCUUGACUUAACACAGAACCGGUGAAGACUUUACAAUUGGAUCAGUUUAAAAUCUAUAUAAUAAUUAAUGACCAUGUGAGAGGACCACAAGACAUGCAAAGGGAUGAGUUGCAGCAUGGUCAAGAGGGUGGCAGUGUUGGUGUUUGAGGGCCUACAUACUUCUGUGCACAGCCUUCCUGUGCUUCUGAUACUCUGACCAAGUCUUCCCCUGGAAUGGACAGUCCUCCACAGCACAGGGGUAACCUGGGAAAGAGAAAUGGCUAGAUAAAAAUGUAUGAAACAUCCACAGGACCUCUGAUAAGACUUGAGAUGGGUAUGUGGCAUGUGUAGGGCUCACCUUGGUGUACUUUCUCAUGGUAUGUGGCAUGUGUAGGGCUCACCUUGGUGUACUUUCUCAUGGCGCUUCAGUUCUCCGGGAGCAGCAAAUUCUCUCUUACAGCCCUCAAAGAUGCACCUAUGGGAAAGGGUCAGAGUUCAGCCUGAUGUGGUAGAGUCUACAUUCUCUUGUAGAGGCCAGUGUGUUAUACUUACUGAAAAGGCAGCAGCUGUGUGUGUUUAAUCUGGUGUGUUUUGAGUUGGUUCUUCUUAUUGAACUCCAUCCCACAGUGCACAUGGUCACACUAGAACAUAAUUUACAAACCUUUGAAUGAAAAUUAGCAGGAGGACCAUUUGUCGUAGUCCAACAUAACCUUCACUAUUCCUCUAGCCACACCUGGAGGUGGAAGUCAAGGCAUUCAGAAUCUCGUGUUCACCCAUCAACUGUUUCAGAACAGUGUCAAAUUAAACCUAGGGCAACAAGGUGAUGAAAACGUGGCGGUGCAUUCAACCAUGUAGGCAACGCCAUGCACAUAAACGUUGCUUGUCUGUCGUUAAUGUUAAUUUCCCCCCCCCCCCACUUACUCUGCAUGUUGUCUGUUGUUGGUCAUUCAGCUGGUUGAAAUUAGACAAACUAACCGCAGGAAAAUAUUAAACAGGCAAAACACAGGUCUACUUCUGUGGCAAGAUGUCUGCCUAUGACCGAAGGCAAGUGCACAAGACUACAUGCACACAUACUAACAGAUGUUUACAUAGUUUAGAGCAUGGGCUUCAGUGCUGGUGCUCUAAAUAAAACUCACAUUUCAAGCAGCAGUAGAAUAAAUUCAAAUGUAAAUUCAUUAAACAUUCUGGCUUAAGGAAAUGUCCACGAUUUUUGCAGAGCUUUGUUUCAGACUAAACCAAGUGGUAUCCGUGAUUCAUUAGGUGCGUCAAAGUCUGACUUCGGUUUUGCCAACCUUAUAGUGCUUCUCCUGGUGCUGGUGAACGCGAACUAUGUGAUUCUUCAUGCUGGCAUGUGUGACAAAGGCCUCGGAGCAUCCUGCAGCCUGACACCUGCAGACGCACAGAAACAGAUGAGUGACCGGAGGGAAGCUUGGAAGAGGAAUAAUGAAUUGCAUGACUCCGAGCACAAUGGGUUAGCGCUACUACUCAAAACCAUUUACAACUAAACCCUAGCUUUGGUGCUAGUUUUUACUUUAGCCAACUGACUGUCCACCAAAUCACUUGGAAAGGCAACAAUGAAACAUUGAAGGCAGGAACAGCCAUACAGGCUCAUACACAACCGGUCAUUGACCGUGAACCAUUGCCCUAUUGGAUAGUGAAGCUUCAUACUCACGUGUAUGGCUUCUCUCCACUGUGGCUCAGCCCGUGUCUGGUGAGCUGGUAGCGGGUACAAAAGCUCUUGUCACAGUUCUCGCACGAGAAGGGUUUCUGUCAAAGAGAAACGUGACCAAGUAACAAAACAAUAUAGUACGUGUUUCUGACCGCAGACAUUAAUUGACGUAAGUGAAAUACAACUGAACGUCAAUAGGCUCAUUCUUUCUGAUUAACAUAAACUUUAAAUUCAGUACAUAGAUCUGAUCUGGACCAUCUGUUGAAAGAUGCCAGCUGGGCAGGAUAGGUACUCACCAAACCUGUGUGCUUGCAAAGAUGGGCAUCUAAUUUCCAUGAUUUAUUGUAGGUGGCAUUGCAGUUGACAAAAGAACAAAUAAAGCUUCUUUGGACUUGAA